GCCACAUUCCUGAACAUGGAAGGUGACAGCAGCCAAGUGGAGAUGAUACUGUCAUCUGACGUAAAUGAGGAGGCUGGGGAAAACAGCCACGGAGACCACUUAUAUAUCGACUCAAUCCGCAAACCAUACGUGGCUAAAAAGUAUGGAUGUACACCCAAGAGCCUCUGCUUCAUGGCAGGUGCUAUGUUGUUCAUCUUCAUCAUCGGCUACUUGAUUGGCUACCUGGUUCAUCGCAAUAAGGAUUUGGCUCCCACCUGUGCACCCACUGCUCUCAGUUUUGAAGACACAGUUGUUGCCCAUGAGACCGGUGCUGCUCCCCUCAUGGACUGGGAUGAUGUGAAAAAGCUCCUUGCUCAAAAACUGACUGCACCCAGUUUGGACACUGCCCUCAGUGACUUUACCAGCAGCAGCCACCAGGCUGGUUCUCCUGGUGAUGAAAAUCUGGGAAACAAGGUGCUUAAGAAGUUUAAGGAGUACGGCAUGAAUACCUGGACUGAGGAGCACUUUGUCAAGGUUCAGGACCCCCCAGCUUCUGGAUACAACAGAAUAGUUUUCAAGAACGGGUCAGAGGAGCGUCUGAGGGGAUUCUUGUCCUACAGUGCCCAAGGAACUGCAACGGGUGCAGUGCUGUAUGCCCGUUAUGGGCAGGAAAAUGAUUUCAGACAGCUGAAGAACAUGAACAUCAACAUGAAUGGCAGAGUCAUGCUGGUCAGAGCUGGAAGGAUCAGCUUUGCUGAGAAGGUGGCCAAUGCAGCCAAAAUGAACGCCUCUGCUGUGCUGAUCUACCCAGACCCCACUGAUUACUCCAUCGGAGAGGACACUCCACUUUAUGGUCAUGUCCACAUGGGUUCUGGGGAUCCCUACACCCCAGGCUUCCCCUCCUUCAACCACACCCAGUUUCCACCUGUACAGUCUUCAGGCCUGCCAAAUAUUUUGGCUCAGACUAUCACAGCAGGCAGGGCAACCAAUAUUCUGAGGCAGCUCAAGGGUAGAUCUCAGCCAGAUGAUUGGGAGGGCAUGAACAGACUCGGAGACGAGAGCGACGUUAUUACCGUGGAAGUCAACAACGUUUUUACUGAGAAAAAGAUAAAUAACGUCUUUGGAGUCAUUAAAGGCUUUGUGGAUGCAGAUCGAUACGUGGUCAUUGGUGCCCAGAGGGAUGCGUGGGGCCCGGGUUUUGCAGCAUCCACCGUCGGCACCAGCGUGCUUGUUGAGUUGGCACGUUCCAUCUCUGACAUGGUGAAGAACGAUGGAUUCAAGCCGAGGAGGAGCAUCGUGUUUGCGAGCUGGAGUGCUGGAGAAUAUGGAAGUGUUGGUGCCACCGAGUGGUUGGAGGGUUAUUUGUCCUCUCUGAGCAUGAAAGCCUUCACCUACAUCAACCUGGAUGGCAUUGUGACAGGUCGGAACGGAUUUAAAGUGGCAGCCAGUCCGUUGCUGCACAACCUGAUCCAAAAUACUCUGAACGAGGUGAUGUAUAACAAGGACAAGUCUCUUUUUUCUCAAUUUGGAAAGGGUAACUGGGAGUCUAACAUCAUGGAGCCUCUGAGGUUGGACAGUGCUGCGUAUCCUUUCCUCGCCUUUUCCGGCAUUCCCUCAGUCGCUUUCAGAUUCCACUCUGGUUAUUCAGACUACUCGUACUUUGGCACAAUGCUGGAUACCCGAGAGAACCUGAACUCUGUCACAGCCAGCCAGGUUCCUCAGCUGGCUGUGAAAGCAGGCCAGUUUGCAGGUCACAUAGCGCUGAGGCUGGUCCAUGACCAUCUGCUGCAGAUGGACCUGAAGAAGUACGACCAGCUCAUACGUCGUCACGUGGUAAAGAUUAAUACGAAGGUCAAGGCUGUUCAGAGGAUGCAGCCCCAGCUGUUGCCCAAGGCCCUGACAGUGCAGUGGCUGAUCAUGGCCUCUGGCUCCUACAGCCGUGCCUCUCGAGGGCUGGCAGCCGACAUUCAGAACAGCGACCUGGAGGACAUCGAGAUGUGUCGCAUGAUCAAUGAUCGCAUCAUGACAGUGGAAAGGAACUUCCUGUCACCCUACAUUUCUCCCAGAGACAGUCCCUUCCGUCACAUCCUGCUGGGCUCCGGCCCCCACACCCUCGAAGCUCUGUCCAGCCACCUCGACGCUCUGAAGACUGACGACCCCGGGGCAGACGCCGAGCUGUUCCGCAACCAGUUUGCCCUGGCGACCUGGACCAUUCAGACCUGUGCUAACUCACUAGCAGGGGACAUCUGGUCGCUGGAUAAUGAAAUCUAGAAAAGUCAUUUCCCCUCCCUGAUUCAUGGUUUGGCCCUCUUAUUUCAACUGGCAGUGUGGGAUAAUUUUUGUAUGGUUUUGUAUGUUUUUUUUUUUGUAUCUUUAUCUAUACCAUUGUUUUAUUUAUGUUUUUACAUUCCUUUGAUGUUUUAAAAUACUGUUCUUUGAUGGUUUAAAUCAAGAUGCUUCUCACUAAUAAUGAUCAUAAGCAUACAUUGGAUUAUUGAAAUGUUUUUGAAUAAGGACACUAUUGAUUUGAGUGACUACUGUUCCGAAGGAACUACUGAUUAUUGUCCUGACUGA